GGCGCGGUGCGGUGCGGUGCGGUGCGGUGCUGGCUGCGCUCCCCGGCUUGGAGCUGCGCUCCGCGGCCGGAGCUGCGCCCGCCCCCGCUGCUGCCCGCAGCCCGCUUUGCGCCGGCAGCCGCGGCAGGACGGCCGGAAAGCCAUGGAAGAGUUAAUAGUUGAGCUGCGCCUGUUUCUUGAACUUCUGGACCAUGAAUAUCUAACUUCCACUGUCAGGGAGAAGAAGGCAGUAAUAACUAACAUUCUCCUGAGGAUACAGUCAUCAAAAGGUUUUGAAAUAAAAGAACAUGUACAGAAGCAAGAAGUUGCCAACAGUUUGCCGGCGCCUCCUCAAAUGCCUCUGCCAGAAAUACCUCAGCAGUGGCUGCCACCAGAUAAUGGACCUCCACCAUUACCAACAUCUUCCCUUCCCGAAGGCUAUUAUGAAGAGGCAGUGCCACUUAGUCCUGGAAAGGCUCCCGAGUACAUCACUUCCAAUUAUGACUCGGAUGCUAUGAGCAGCUCUUACGAAUCCUACGAUGAAGAGGAGGAGGAUGGGAAGGGGAAGAAAAUGAGACAUCAGUGGCCUUCUGAGGAGGCUUCUAUGGAUCUGGUGAAGGAUGCCAAAAUCUGUGCGUUCCUCCUUAGAAAGAAACGAUUUGGGCAAUGGACCAAACUACUGUGUGUUAUCAAAGAAAACAAACUACUGUGUUACAAAAGUUCCAAGGACCAGCAGCCCCAGAUGGAGCUGCUCCUGAAUGACUGCAGUAUCACGUACAUUCCCAAGGACAGCAAAAAGAAGAAGCAUGAGCUGAAAAUCUCGCACCAAGGAGCGGAUGCCCUGGUUCUGGCAGUACAGAGCAAAGAGCAGGCAGAGCAGUGGCUAAAGGUUAUAAAGGAUGUGUGCAGCAACUGUACGGGAGCGGUAGACUCUGAUGGGCCGUUGUCUAGUUCUCCAGUGCACAAGACGGAGCUGGAAAAGAAGCUGUCGUCUGAGAGGCCAAGCUCAGAUGGGGAGGGUGCUGUGGAAAAUGGCAUCACUACCGUGUGCAAUGGAAAAGAGCAAGUGAAGAGGAAAAAAAGUUCAAAAUCAGAAGCCAAGGGCACUGUGACUAAAGUAACAGGGAAAAAAAUAACGAAGAUCAUUGGUUUAGGAAAGAAAAAGCCAUCAACAGAUGAACAGACCUCAUCAGCUGAAGAAGAUGUUCCAACAUGUGGAUAUCUCAACGUGCUCUCAAAUAACCGUUGGCGUGAGCGCUGGUGCAGAGUGAAAGAUAAUAAACUAAUUUUCCACAAGGACAGGACAGAUUUGAAGACGCAUAUUGUUUCUAUCCCUCUCCGUGGCUGCGAAGUUAUCCCAGGACUGGAUUCGAAGCAUCCCCUGACCUUCCGCCUGCUCCGAAACGGGCAGGAGGUUGCUGUGCUCGAGGCGUCCUCCUCUGAAGACAUGGGCAGGUGGAUAGGAAUUUUGCUGGCAGAAACAGGGUCUUCGACAGACCCUGGAGCUCUGCACUACGACUACAUCGACGUGGAAAUGACGGCGAGUGUCAUCCAGGCGGCCAAACAGACUUUCUGUUUUAUGAACAGGCGAGUUAUAUCUACAAAUCCGUAUCGGGGAAGCACUGCCAAUGGCUACGCCUGUCCGAGUGGAAUGGCACUUCAUUACGAUGAUGUUCCCUGCAUAAAUGGAUCGUGGGAACCAGAAGAUGGCUUUCCUUCUUCUCGUAGCAGGAACAUUGGAGAAGAAAUGCUUUAUGAUAACGCAGGCCUGUACGAUAACUUGCCGUCUCCAAAAAUCUUUGCGCGCUAUCCGCCAGCUGACAGAAAGCCCAAUAGGUUAUCUACUGACAAACUCUCCUCUAACCAUUACAAAUACCCUGUCUCAUCCAAUCUGUCUUCUGCUCAGUCUGUCACUAAUACCUCUGCUGUGGGGAGGGGAUCUGGCUCCCAGUUUAAAGGCAAGAAGCCUCCUGUGACCGCUAACGGGAUCACUGGAAAAGGGAGAACUUUAAAUAGCCAGCCGAAGAAAACUGAAUCGGUGUCAUGUGUGAAGCGCACCGCGUCCAAUGCAGAGCAGUACAAAUACGGCAAGAAUCGUGUGGAGGCAGAUGCAAAGAGGUUACAAAGCAAAGAGGAGGAGCUGCUAAAGAGGAAAGAAGCACUCCGGAAUAGGCUGGCCCAGCUCCGAAAAGAAAGAAAAGAUCUUCGCGCUGCCAUUGAAGUCAAUGCUGGCAGAAAAACCCAAGUGGUUCUUGAAGACAAGUUAAAGAAGUUGGAAGAGGAGUGUAAGCAGAAGGAGGCUGAGCGUGUAAACCUGGAGCUAGAACUGACCGAGGUGAAGGAGAGCCUUAAGAAAGCCUUGGCUGGCGGCAUCACACUGGGCUUGGCUAUUGAGCCCAAAUCAGGAACAUCAAGCCCACAGUCUCCAAUUUUCAAGCACCGAACUUUGGAGAACUCUCCAAUCUCCAGUUGUGAUACCAGUGAUACCGAAUGCUCAAUCCCUGUGAACAGCGCAGCAGCUCUGAAGCGACCUCCCUCGUCAAAUAAUUCUCCAUGUCGAGGCCAUGUCCUUCGAAAAGCAAAGUGAUGCGUGAGCCCAGGCCUCGUAGAUGUGGCUAAAGAAAGGGCGUCACACGAAUGGGAGAUGAAAAAUGGAACAUAAAUACAGCAAAACCACUCACUUUCCAUAAAGGCCUUACCUAUUAUGGACCAAGACGUAGGCUGCAAAAGACUCAUCUGAAAGGUGGUAUCAAGCGAUACAACAUAAGAGGUUUUAUAAUUCUGUUAAGUUAAUGGUAGCUUGGCGCUAAUUUGCCUGUAUUCCCUCUACUGUAUUGCUGUGUAACUACGUGUGCCCCUUUUUAUUAGCUGUAACUCUUUAUUUCCAACUUCACUGGUAAAGAAAAUGAAAACCAAAAAAAACCCGAACCAAGCAUAGUAAUUAAAAAGGAGCAUAAAGUAGCAGUUGGAAGUUUACUUUGCCGAACCAGCAUAGACCAGCAAUGUUAAUUAUAUCGCGUCAGAUGGCCCGAACACCACUGAAGACUGGUGCGUUAAGACCGAUGUGAAAUCAUGGUGGAUAAGAAGUACUCUUACAGGUUAAAACCGCCUUUGCGAGGUCUGCCACAGAGGUGGCUGAGCAAAAUCUUGCUCGUUCGCGGUCACUUUGCUGAUAGCUGUUCACGUGGCAAAAGAAAACGGAAGAACUGUAUUCACAGCAAUGGCAUGGCUUGCUUGGCCGGCAAGGCAGGAGCUCUUCAGUGCCACUGUCCUCUACGCUGGUGCGAGACCGUGGGCUGACACGACUCAGCUGUGGAGCAUUUUUUGGAUACUGUUAAGACAGGUGAUUUUUGUCAUUGGGAGGUAAAAAGCUGCCAUACUUUGAGAAAAAUGCAUUUUAGUACAUUCUCUUUAUUACUAUUCUGAAGCACCAGUCAUUUUCAAAGGUCAUGUUGUCGAACUAUGAUUUGUUCCUGAUUUUUUUUAAAAGGCAAACAGGUAUUUUUAGAUACGACUUCUUUUCUAUACUUUUGAAAAAGAAAAAGAAAAUGUAAUUGAAAUUAAUCCUCAACAGAUAAUGGCAACUCAGAAUAGCUUAUGCAGUCAGUCUUGUUUUGUUUUUUUUUUUAUAAUAUAAUAUUGUUAAACUUGAGUUAUAGAACACUGCUGUACUUAUUUUCCUUCAUCUUUUCAGACCUCAGCUAUUAUUUUUGAGGAAGAUGGAUUGAAAAGAUGAUAGUUUCCAGACUCUUUUAUAAACAAUUUUACAAAGAAUUGGGGAUUUUCUUAGACAGGAGUCCAUUUCUGUUUACUAGGAAACAGCGUCUUGCAUUUUAGUCUGUAAAAUUACAGAAAUCUGUUCUUUGUAUCCAUCCAUGUCAGUCCUGAGAACUUACACGCAGUAAAUUGCCAAUUAAAGUCCUUCAAAAUCUCAAGAUUGGCUUUAAAAAAUCAGGAGAGCAAGCGACAGAAAAAAAACCACAACCUAAUCAUACAAUUUAUUGGAUUCUUUUAAUUUUUUUCUCUGUGCUUUUUUUAAGCCUUUGGAGAGCCUUCAAUCGCAUCCUCAAGAUUCUUUCUCUCCUCAGCUGUGAGGACUAGAAAAUGACUUUAAUUAAAAAAAUUAAAAUACUACUCAUACUUCGAGAUAAUUACAGAUGCUAGGGCUGGAGUCUUGAUAGUUAAGACUUGCAAUUAAAACCACAGACGUUGGCAAGACAGCAGUUAUCAAGGAUCACAUCCCUUUAUGGCCCAGCCUAUAGUUACCUUUAGGAGUAGGUGCGUGACUCUUGAAGGGUACACUGGGAUUCCCAGCUGAGCUGGAUGCCAGAGGGCUUCCCGCAGGAGCAGGUGGGAUGUGAAGGCACAGAGCCGUCAGAGAGGCCUGAUGGCCACUGGGACACAGGGCUGUGUCCUGUUGCCAAAUGCAGUUAGUGCCAGGGAUCCCAUUGACCUCAGCAGAGCAGAAAUGGGGCCCAACAUGAGAGAAGGCUCUUUGCUUCUUGGGACUAUGCUUUGUACAAAGUGCAACAGGAAUGCAGAUACAGUAGGGAAGCAAGUGUCAGUGUGGUUUUCACUGAAAUAGGAUUUUUUUAUAUUAUUUUAGGUCAUCUGCUUACUUACUAACUCUCUAAGUGGAGGGCACAUUCUAUGCUGUAUGACUAUGAACUAAACAGUAUCAAGUUCCCAUAAUUAUUAGCAGAAACAAAUUUGAAGCAAAAGUAAGUUCAUUUAGGCUUUUUAUUUCAAAUUAAGUUAUUUAUUUGUAUAUUUCAAUAAAUAUUUAAUUUAUAUCUGUACAUAUUUAUGAUGCAAAUUAGGCUUCUAGUCAACGUUUGCAAUGAUGUAACAGUUGCCAUUAAGAAGUGGUCCCGCAUCAAGUAAUGCCGAGUAGUCAAAAGCCAAAUCACUUUAUCUUGUUUACCCAAUAUUUUACCCAUUGUAUCUUCCACCCUCCAUAUCCUAUGGAAAAAAAAUAAACCCUUGGCAAGGACAGGUUUUAAUCCAUGUCGGAGAUAGAAACGUGCAAAUUUCUGUCCCAACAGAAAUUGUGUGGUGCUGGAACCGUGCACACAACCUCAGCCUUGGUGCCACAGCCUUCUGCUCUGCCGUAGAUGCUGAUCGCCCUCAGCAUCUCUAGCGCCCUUGGCACCUAGAGCUCCCGCUGCAGCAGGGGCUGCCAGCAAAAUAAAGCGUCUUUUGCCCUUCCUGCAGCAAGGGCUCCAUAAAGGCACCGCCGCCCUUCACCCCAGCCUGCCACGUGCUGUAACUGUACGUCUCUAAUGCAUAAGGACAUUCUCUAAUGUAUAAGUGCGUCGGUACCACCGCAAUUUGCAUUCAUGACACCUCUGUUCUAUAUAAUGGCCAAGGUUUUGAAAGAAGGAAAACAAAAAAACCUCGGGAAGUAACCUCUCGAUAGACCACAUUCGGUGCUGUGAAAUAGACUCUGUUUUCUUGAAUAGUACUAUUGCUGUACAAUUUUUUAUAAAAAGCGACAGAGCUUGUAUUUUCACCAUUUUUAGAUUUCAGGUUCACCAGGCAAAGUCAGCAAUAGAGCAGCAUGACUUUUGUUUUAAAGGAAAACUCUAGUAUUUUUAACCAUUUCUGUGUCUUUUAAGAAAACAUCACACUUGCGCUUCCUCAACAAACUCCUGUUACUGUACCAGGUGCUUUUUUUAAUUGUUUUUUAUGAUGCUUUUUUUAAGAAAAAAAGAUCAUAACUCUGGGGGAUCAAAGGUGUUUUUUUAAUGAAAUGAUUGUGGCAAUUUGAUUUUUGAAACGGAGAAUACUUAAUUUAGUAUCAAUUUUUGUUAAAGACACUUUCAAAUUAAUUGGCCCAGGCUGUAUGUUGUAAAAUAAUGUUCUCAUAUGAAGAAUGUAAUUAUUUCCUUAUUGUAUUUUUUAAAAAACAAAAUCAUAUUUAAAAAUCUCUGUGAAAAAAAAAAAGCAUGAAAGAAACAUGAAAAAAGUUUUUGUUUUAUUUUUGUUAUUGGAUAUGUUGGCAGUGCCCAUUAUAAUUGACUGUAAAUAUAGUCUUUCUACUGUAUUUCUCAAUGUAUUUAAGUUUUUUGACACACGUUCAUGGAAACUUCUGUUAAAAAAAAAAAAAAGACCAAAACAGACCCAUCUUCAAAUGUGUGUCUUAGUAGCUUCAACUAACUUUAUGCCUUUCUAGUUUACUCUUCAGAAAGUCUUGCAGAGUGUGAAAAAAGACUGGCACCUGGUAGGUGCGACACAUCGAAGACCAUUAUUAAUAAAGUUACCUGUCAAAGAAAGAAGUAUUUGCAUUGUUGUUUCUUGGUCUUUGUCAGUAUAAGAAGUAGGUGGCACCUUAGCAGGACACCCGCAAUAGUCAUCCUCAACCAAGUACCAUUCUCCCCUGCCAGCCAGUUGAAAAACGGACAGGUUACAUUUAGUAUUUUUUUGUUAUCAGUUCUGUCCCCGUUUAACUUUGUGAUGACCUUCUGCAACUGGAACGCAGUCUAUCUAAGGGGCAGCCUGGCAACGGCAAAUGGACGUUCAAUGUAUUUAAUGCUCAGAGCAGAAGUUACCGCUUACUUAGUGUUACUGCAUCAGAUGGCUUAGACAUCAGCCCCGUUAAUAAAUAAUGUAAAACUGUAAAACACUAAAAAUUACCUCUCAGAAAUUAAAGCAGAUCAAAAUCAAA